GACGUUCAGACGCCGAGAAGAGGCAGCGUCUGUCGGUCACGGGAAGACGUUCAACCGAGAAGAGAAGACCCGGGCAGUUAUCCAGCCGUCCACCCGCCCAUCGCUACCCACCCUCCCACCCGCAUACCUACUAGGCUGACCGUAUUCCUACCAGGCUGAGCGUAUUCCUGCUCGCCUGCCCACCCACCUGCUGCCCGCCUGCUCAACUAUCUUAACAACAACCUUCCUAUUUCACCCAACUACCCAGACCACCUACCUGGCCUCCUGCCCACCUACCCGCCCAUCCAUCUACCUACCUGCCCACCUACCUGCCCACCUACCUGCCCACCUGUCUGCCCACCCGCUCAACCGGUAGCCCAUCUCAGUGCCCUCCCUCCCAACUAAUUCAUCCACCCGCCAAACUACCUGCCCAACUACCCUUGCCCAUCCACCUAGGACUGCCGUUCACUCAACUGCCUGCCCACCUGCUCGUCCACCUGCCCGCCCCGUCGCAGAGGCGUGAAGGCGACGCCGCCGCCGGGAGGAGAGCCACUCGAGUGGGAGACGACCCGAGUCCGGAUCCUUCUCCACAGCGAGCCGCGCGUUAUUGGCAGCGCCCGCCAUGAGCGUGUGCAGCAGAGGCAGCGGCCGCCGGCGCAGCAGCAGCAGCAGCGUCAAGAACAUCAACGGCGCCGUCGACGCGGGCGACGCGGGCAGUGACGGCGGCGGUGGCGGCGGGAACCCCUCGGCCGAGCCGUCCGAGUGCAACGAGGCGUUCCCCCGCUCCGCCUACCGCGACGUCUGCCUCAACAUCGGCGGCGUGCGCUUCAGUCUCGACGGCGACCUCCUCUACCGCUUUGCCGACACGCGGCUGGCGCAGCUGUCGCGCUCGACGGAUGCCGACGAGCGCCGGCGGCUGUGCGACGACUUCGACCCGCGCGCAAACGGCAGCGAGUUCUACUUCGACCGCGACCCCGAGGUGUUCCGCACCAUCAUCGACCUCUUCUACGACGGCGAGAUCCACAUGAACAAGGGCGUGUGCCCGCUCUGCUUCAAGGGCGAGCUCGAGUUCUGGAAGAUCGACGCCGCCUUCCUCGACGACUGCUGCAAAAGCUCGUGCGUCGAGAAGGAGGAGGAACUCGACGAGAUCGCGCGCCGGGUCCAGCUCAUCCUCGAGGACCAGGGCCACGCGGGCGAGAGCGCCGCCACGCGCGUACGCAAGGGCCUCUGGAUGCUCAUGGAGAAGCCCUACUCGUCGCUGUUGGCGCGCCUGCUCGCCAUCGUGUCGUUCGCCCUCGUCGUCAUCUCCUCCGUCGUGCUCUGCCUCAGCACCAUCCCCGAGAUGCAGACGGUGGACGCCGCCGGGCGCCACGUGGAGCACCCGACGCUCAACGUCAUCGAGACGGUGUGCAUCGUAUGGUUCACCCUCGAGUACCUGCUGCGCCUGCUCGCCGCUCCGCACAAGCUGCGCUUCGCCGUCUCCUUCAUGAACGUCAUCGACGUGCUCGCCGUGAUGCCCUACUACAUCGGCAUGGCGCUCACCGACUUGGGCGAGGACGCCAACGGCCUCUCCAACAUGCAGCAGGCCAUCCAGGCGCUACGCAUCAUGCGCAUCGCGCGCAUCUUCAAGCUCGCGCGCCACUCGAGCGGACUGCAGAUGCUCACGUACGCGCUCAAGGGCAGUUUCCGCGAGCUCAACAUGCUGCUCUUCUACCUGGCCGUGGGCAUCUUUCUCUUCUCGGCGCUGGGCUACACGGUGGAGCAGUACCACCCGGAGACGCUGUUCACCAGCAUCCCGCACUCAUUCUGGUGGGCCAUCAUCACCAUGACCACGGUGGGCUACGGCGACAUCUACCCCAAGACCAACCUCGGCAAGCUGAACGCCGCCAUCAGCUUCCUGUGCGGGAUCCUGGCCAUAGCCCUGCCCAUCCACCCCAUCAUCAACAACUUUGUGCGCUACUACAACAAGCAGAGGGUGCUGGACACGGCCGUCAAACAUCAGCUGGACCGCAUGGCUAUGGGAGAUCUGCUCAACUUUCCAGACAACAUGAACGCGGUGGGAGAGUGCGGUGGUGGUGGUGCUGGUGGUGCUGGUGGUGGUUCUGUACGCGGUAAAGUGGUGAGCAAAGUUCACUCGUCGACCCCGCUGCUGAAACCGUCUCAGCACCAGCGAUCCGUGAAUCGCAACGUAUGUUGAAGUGUCACGUCGGGAUCAUGGACAAGGUCUGAUCGGCUGUCUCUCAGUCUCUCUCUCGCUGUUAAUCUUUCUCUCUCUCUCUCUACCCAUCUCUCUCUCUCUCUCGUUUAUCUUCCGACACGUCCGUCACACUUCACCGAUGAAUGUUUUGUUCGCUACGGCGAGACGGAUACAUGUCUGGUGUCCGAUUCAGAGUUUCCAGGGUACUGGACGUGCCAAAGUAAAAUAUAACACGAUCCACAGAAGCAGCAGCAGCAGCGAGAAAUCAUCACGACCGCUGAGGAUAUCCACCAAGUCUCAUGCGAGUGUCGUGAUUUGAAGUGCCACUCGGCAGUUUGGAGAUCAAUCUCUUGGGGGGUCGAAUGUAUUUUCUGUUGGUGUUUAUUAUUAAUAAUGUUACUUUUUUUCCAGGGGAUGGGGGCGUAUUUGUAUUAAUGAUAGCCGUGUAAUUACAACAACGACGAUGAUGAAUACGAUGACGAUGCUGAUUAUGAUUUCGUCGGUCCCUCCGGGUUCGGAGGGCGAUGUACGUUGAACUUCUUUCGCACCGUACGUAGCCAACCGUGCGAAUCGGUGGGUGCGGGAGAUGCACACAGCCGGUGGCUUUUGAGGUGGCCGGGCUGUCCAAUUGUUGAACCACAGAGCUUUGGGUAUUGGAGGGGGGGAGGGGGGCACGCAAACCCAAGUGGAAGUUGGAUCCACAGUGCCGGGUUGGCUUCCUCCUGCUCUAGAUUUGAAGCUUUCGUGACUGCAAGGAUUCAUACUCUUAGUUCUUUCGGUAAAGUCACGUAGGUAAAAAAUGAAAUUAAAAUUAAUAAAAAAAAUAACGACGUUUGGGAGGCAACACAGUAUAUAAGGUCGUACAUCUUGGGACUUCUCUCCACUUGAUACAGAUUUUUUGCUGUGACAGUUUUACCUGAAGACGGAAGCUUGUGUUGCCUCCGAAACGUCGUGAUUUUUUAUUUUUUUAUUUUGUAUUAAUUUUAAUUUCAUUUUUUACCUACGUGACUUUACCGAAAGAACUAGGAGUAUAUAUUCCUCCUGCUCACCAUCGGACCAUUGUUCUGCCGAUGCACGGCCUACAGCGGCCAAUCAGAGAACGCGUCAGAAGUAGAGGGGCGUGGCUUCAUCCAGCAGUGGAUAGACAAUGGCUGCCGGUGGUGACGGUGUUGGUGUGGCCGGAUGACACGAUAUUUAGAUGGCACGAGCCGGUUGGAAAGCUCAAAUGUCAGAAUCAGCAGUCUCUCUCACACACGCACACGUGUUAAACACCGAUUUGUGUUGAUCGCAUUUGUAUACUCUGUAUGAUUAGUCAUCUUCCGAGGUUUUCGUCACGCGAUGUUUAUGAUAUCGUGAGAGUGGAAUUAAUUGACCGGCGGUGAUAGUUGUGUGUGUGUGUGUUCGUGUGUGUGCGCGUGUAUGUGUAUAUAUAUGGAGGAGUGGUGGCGCAGUGGUUAGCGCGCUAAGGUACGAACCAACUGCGCGACCAAUAUCAAUUGGCCCAUAUCUGAACACCGGUCUUGGGCAUCUUCUAGGUCGACUCGACCUUAGGACAUUAGAGUAGCCUCAUGCGGUGUGUCGCAAACAUCAGGAGCGGGGAGACAACAGCGGCCAGGCGCGAUGUUGACCACCCCAACCCUUCUUGUGAAGUUCCGGCCUUCCAUAGGUGCUGCUCACUAACAGCACUUGCCCCAACAGCCUGAUAAAAUAUAUACGGGGGGGGGGGGUCGUUGUCAUUGUACAUAUCAACAGCGCAAAUGGCAAUCGAACACACGAACAUUCAGUGAAGACAAUUAAGGAACACAACACCAACAGCACAAGCGAUAUAACGUUGUUCGAAUGUUUGUGCAGCUGUGAAUCGGACUCCUCUCUCUCCUCCUCUGCCAGCCCACCCACCCACCCCCUGCCUGGCUCUCGCCUCCAUCUCGAUGUCACGGUGUGUGCUCUCCCUCGCACUCUCCCACCCGUCGAUCCUCUCUCUCUCUCUCUCCCGAGCCGCUCUGGUCGCGCUCCCCACGUCUCUCAUCUCGCCGGGCCCGCAGCACAAACCGCUCUACCUCAUUCCACUGCUCGCCUCGUGCUGCCGUAAUUCUGGAACACCUCCUCCUACUCUCACCUCUCGCCUCAUCUCCCCCUCCUCGUCCUCCUCCCCCCUCCUCCUCCUCCCCCUUCUCCUCCCUGCCGUCCUCCUCCAUCCUCCCCCCUCCUGCUCCCCCCUCCUUCUCACCCCUCCUCCUUCCUCCCCCCCCUCCAUCCGGUCCCCCUCCCCCCUCCUACCCUCUCCCUCCUCCUCUCUCCCGUCCUCCUCCAUCCUCCUCUCUCAUCCUCCUCCCCCCCUCUACCCCCUCCACCUCUCAUCCUCCCCCCCCUCCUCCUCCCUCUUCCCCCACAUCCUCCUGCUCCACUGCUAACUUCUGCAACUCAUUAUCCUGCUGCACAUUCUCGACCCCGCUCCCCCGUGCUCAUGGCGCCUCCCGUGUCUUCCGACUUGAUCAAAAGUCUCCGCUUAUUUCUUUUUGUUUGUCUCGGCAUCAUUGCGUCACGAUGGCGUCUCGCGGCAAGCGCUCAUCCCGAUGACCGGGACGCGUGUUGUGACGCCGCUUCCAGGAGCAGCUUUCAAUAAAAGUUCGACGACAGAAGCGCGAACAUCCUCCCUGUGCGUAUCCUUUACACCGUUAACGAUCCUAAUGCUUCUCAUCAUAAUCACGACGAUUGUCGGAUGUACACUCCCGUUAUCACAAGGCAGAAACAUCCCUCUGGGGUUUGAUCUUUCCACCGAAGCUCACGGUCCACCCUAAAUCGCAUCCCAGUGCACAGACCGUGGCAGCAGAUGCGGACACCUGAUGCACGAAUGGAAAGUGUAAAACCCUCCGGUAGUAGCGGUGCGACUGUGGUCAUACAGAACAGACCGUAACGGCGUGUGACGACGCAAUGCCCCGGGCCACAACUACGCAGAAGGAGACAUCACAGCGGUUAUCUGGGCUUGGCCGCCUUCGAUGUGAAAUUGAAGUCGUAGCUCUGCAUCGACAUCAACAGCCGUACGGAAGAAGAGGAAGAGGAUAACACAACGCUGCAUAUUACAUCGUAACAAAAUAUCAUGACAUCUUUCUUAACAAUCGUCGUCAUCAUCAUCAUCAUCAAUCACGAUCUGUCCACGGCUGGGUGAAAGUCGCUAUCUCACGGUAUAGCGAUCCUACAAUCCGUCUACCUCCAGCACACGAACCGAUUCCACAGCAAGAUGUUACUUUGACUUUGGGCACGAUCGGUAUCAUUUUUGACCUGUGGCGAAACGACCAGUACACAUUACGGCCGUCGCAAACAGCUUGCCUGCAUCAUGAACAUAACCACCGAUUCGCACUGUUGGCUAAGUACGGUGGGAACAAAUGUCAACGUACUAUUACUAUUCACUAUUUUCUUUAAAUUUAAUUUUGCCAGGUGAGGCCCACUGAGCUAUGAAGCUUUUUUUCAGAAGCGGCCAAAAUGUUUUAUCUCAACGAAAGUGGCUCAUCACCGUGUUGAAAUUCAUAGCAGCCAAAUACUCUAAACGCGUGAUGUUGAGGAGAAACCCGGAUGACCCGGAGAAAAAUCCACGCGGGGGGAGAGAGAGAGACACGCAAACUCCAAAUAUACAGCAGGCGUCCGGGUUAGUAUCGAACCCACAACCUCUUGUAUAUCAGGCGAGGUUGUUAACAUCUCGCCAGCGCGGCAUCCCUGCCAUACCAUCAGCAUAAGCACAGGAACGCGACCACAAUCAACAGACCACCCACCACUGCACGUAACGCCACCAACUUAAUCAGCACCACCACCACCACCACCACACCUCCUUAUCUAUCACCCAUGAAUGAGAAGCAUUCCCUCUCGACCCGUGCAGAUAAAAGCCCCGUCCAGCACUGCCUGCGGUACGUUGCUGCCGCUCCGCGAUUUCAAUCAGACCGGAGCAAAUUAAUUCGCGUGCCGUUAAUUGCGAGUGGAAGAAGCUGCUGCUGCUUCCGUGGAGCGGAGCGGUUUCAACAAGCCGUCAAAACCAGUGCAAGCAAGGAGCCUCCACGUCGUGUGGGGAAUCCUCUGAACCUGGCCCGGCCUCCCCGAGGUCGACACAAUACACGCAAAGAUAACAACAAUGACCCCGCCCCUAUCGACAUCACGCAUGCCCACACGCCCACCCACACGCAACCACAAUGUGCCCAAGCACACGUGUACGCAAUACCAAUACCUUUACACACACACACACCACCAUACACUUUCAUAUAUUACACACACAUCCAAGUAUACACCCACGCACCCACACACAUAACCACACGUGCCCACGCACACACGUGCACGUCAUACAAAGACAUAUUAACACACAAAGACAAAGACUCCCCGUAUAGCUGUUAGCAGACUCUCGGGGCAAGUGCUGUUAGCGAGCACCCAUGAAGACCGGAACGGGUGGCCAGCACCACGCCUGGCCGCCUUUGUCUCCCUAAUGGCGAUGUUUACACACCGCACCAGGUACUCGUUCGAGGCUGAGACGACCUAGGGGAGGCCCAGGACCGGUUCAGAUAAUCGUCACUGGUGUUGGCCGUGAGCGGGAAUAGAACUCGGGUCACCUGGUUCGUAGCGCAGCGUAGCGGUGAGCGCUACGCACCAACACACACUCCAUCACUUUACCAAUUUUUGCACUGGGCCGAUAAUGUUUUCAUGUCGUGGGUGAAAAUCUUUUCGAACAGGAUUCGUGAUGCCGCUAUUUAUUUCUGCACUUAUGCAUUUGCCGGCUGGUUAUUUCAUUUAUUUAGACAUGGAGCUAAUGCUGUUUUUUCCCCCAUUAUUAUCAUCAGGCUGCCGCACGCUCGCCUCACCGCGACCCCGCGACGAUUAGAGUGGAGUGGAGAUGGAGUGUGAUAUUUACACCCCGAACCAACUAAGUCACGUGUGCGUGGUGGUGGUGAUGGGGAGGCGGUGGUGCAGCGGUUAGCACGCUGCGCUACGAACCCGACGGCCCGGGUUCGAUUCACGGCCACCAACCCCAGUGACGAAUUUCUGAAUCGGUCCUGGGCCUCCCGCGAGGUCGACUCAGCCUCAAAUGAGUACCUGGUGCAGUGGUGUGUAAACACCGGCAAUAGGAAGACAAAGGCGGCCGGGCGUGGUACUGGACACCCCUACUCCCUCGUGUGCCGUGUCGUAGUAGGCCACUGCAGUGCGAGCGUCUUCAACUCCACCGACUCUCCCUGUUGAAGCCGUCUCGUCGUGGACAACAGACCUCGACAUUGGCAUCGAGCUUCUGAACGUACUGAGAUUCGCAGUGUCAGUCUAUGGGCAAUGUUAGUCUAUGGGCAGUGUUAGUGUAUGGGCAAUGUUAGUAUAUGGGCAAUGUUAGUCUAUGGGCAAUGUUAGUCUAUGGGCAAUGUUAGUAUAUGGGCAAUGUUAGUCUGUGGGCAAUGUUAGUCUAUGGGCAAUGUUAGUCUAAGGGUAAUGUUAGUAUAUGACAAUGUUAGUCUAUGGACAAUGUUAGUCUAUGCGCAAUGUUAGUCUAUGGGCAAUGUUAGUCUAUGACAAUGUUAGUCUAUGGGCAAUGUUAGUCUAUGGGCAAUGCUAGACUAAGGAACAUACACCUGUAGAGUCUGCGCCCCUUCAACGGAGGAGGGAGAUGAACAGCAAAAAAUGCCACGAACCCUCCUCUCUCUCUCUCUGCUAAAGUCCAGCAGCAUCAGCAUUAGACCUUGGGCAUCUUUCAUCGAGCUCGUGAACCAGCAGCCCGCUUGCUGAAUAGAAUAUUCGCUGAAAAACUCCCCCCAAGCCUCUCCCCUCUCCACCCUCCCCGCUCCCCCAAUAAAAUCGCUAACUGCUGUUGCCGCGUCCCAUUAAAAUGCGAGCGAGUCAAUGAGAUCCGCAUGACGUUCGCUCGGACAAUGCUCGUGACGCGAGGGGGAGAAGGGAUCGGCGCUUCUGCUGCUGCUGCUGUGUGAUCUAUAUUAAGGUGUCAAGCACGAGAGUGACAACACCAACCACGGGGUACGGUUACGGGGCAACAGAGAGCAGAGGGGCAGGAGGACAGGGGUGGGGAGUGGCAUUGGAGUCCAUGCCCUUGAAUGUCCAGCGGCCAAAAUUAGCGUCAAGAAAGAAAGAAAAAGAAAAUAAACCUGCCGAGGUUGUUCGUCCGCUGCGUUGCAGAAUUCGAGGCCACUUGCACUCGAUACACGUGCGGUGGAGACAGUGACACUGCAAUCGACACACGUGCGGUGGAGCCAGUGACAUCGUCACACGUGCGAGUGGGCAGCUCAUCCACCUGACCCUCGUCAGACACUCAUCAUCCCUUCUGGACAUCUGUGAGAAAAAGCUUCAUAGCUCAUCAGACUCCUCCAGUAUGAAUACAGAUUCUGAUUCUGACACUCGCCACUCAUCAAUUCACCAGCCCACCACCGCCUCAUCGUGCGUUAGCGACUCGCCUGACACUCACCGCGCAUCGCUUUACGUUGAGUUUCGUCCCGGACGAUGGGGUCAUGGGGGGGAGAUUUGGUCUCAAGUGGGCUGGUGGCGGGGGACGGUGAUGACCUUUGAACCCUUCGUCGAAAAAUAAUAAAACUCAACACGUGCGUCAAUAACGCUGUGCGUGCGUGUGUCCGUGCAGUCUCUCGCUCUGUGUUCUCGCGAACAGCACUUGUCUCAGCUGCCUGUCAGAGGCUAUACGGGGGGCCUUUGUGUGUGUGUGUGUGUGUGUCGGUGGGUGCAGUAGUUGUAGCGGUGAGCGCUACGAAACCGGCGACCCGAGU